AUGAAUCUUAUGGAAGAUAACCAAACCAAUCACUGUCUGCAGUUCUCCUGUCCAGAGAGAUCUGUAUCUACUGCAGUGUAUGUGUUGUUGUAUGUGUCUGCAGCUGCUGUAGCUCUACUAACAGUGUGUGGAAAUCUGCUGAUCAUCAUCUCUGUUUGUCACUUCAAGCAGCUCCACACACCAACUAACAUGCUCAUCCUCUCUCUGGCUGUGUCAGACUUUCUGGUUGGAGCUCUUGUGAUCCCUAUAACGUUAAUAUGGACGAUUGAAUCAUGCUGGAUUUUUAAUCGAGGUUUCUGUGUAGGUUUUACAUUAACGUCUUAUUUUCUUACAAGCUCAUCUAUAUAUAACGUUGCUCUGAUCGCAGUUGAUCGCUAUUUUGCUCUCUCUACUCCGUUUCUCUACACUAAAGCAGUCUCUGUGAGCACAACGUGCAUUGUGGUUUUAUGUGACUGGUUUGUAUUGCUUUUAUACAAUGUAGCACUGCAGUACUUCAAUGGAAAUUUUAGAAAUCUGGUAACGUGUCCUGGAGACUGCUUUCUAUUAUUAGAUGAGGUCUGGUCUCUGGUUGAUCUUUUGGUUGCAUUUAUUUUCCCAUGUGCUGUUAUUAUCAUACUGUAUACUCUAGUUUUUAUUAUUGCCAAAAAACACGCCACGGCUAUCAGAGAGUUCAAUGCUCAAAUUAGGACUCAGACCUCAAAGAACAUGACAGACUCUAUGAAAUCUGAGAGAAAAGCAGCUAAAGUGCUCGGCAUUUUAGUGUCUGUGUUUUUGGCUUGUUUAUUUCCAUAUUUUAUUUACAGUUUAUUAGGCAAUGUAACUGAAAUUGAAGCAGAAUCAUUUCAGAAAGUGCUGAUCCUUGUUUAUUUAAAUUCUACCAUCAAUCCAGUUAUUUAUGCUUUGUUUUAUCCGUGGUUUAGGAAGUGUGUUAAACUCACUUUAACUCUUCAAAUAUUUAGAACAGAUUCUGAAUUGAUGAAAGUUCUUUGA